GCUGAGACGUGGAGAAGGUGCUUCCGAUCAGCCUCUUCCUGCCCACUUUGCUUCCGGAUAACUUUUAAGCAUAAGCCAAAUUCUGCACCAGAAAAAGUGGAUUUUUCAGCCUCUCUCCAUUAAUCAGAACACAGGAAGUUGGCCAUCGGUUCAUCUCGCUCAGAAUUGUCUGCAAGGAGUGGCAGUGGUUCUCCAGGCUGGUGUCUUCCCCAGCCCUACUUGCAAAUACCAGGAGGCUUUUCAGACAGCAGGUUUUAGGUUUACCACAAGGCUUUACUUUCUGAAGUAAAAAGAAACAUCAAGAGAGAGAAGUGUUCAGAAAAGCCAAAUAUUAAUAUAAAAAUGGAGAAUACUUCUUCAAGCAUAGAAUCCGAGUACAUCAAGAACCUCCAACAUCAAAUUUACUUCCUUGAACUAGAAGCAAAUUAUCUUCGUGAACAGACUAAAAAAAGCACUGAUCUUCAACCUCUCCUUGCAUCUGAAGUGGAAUACAUGCUACGAAAGCUAUGGGAAUUACAGACUCAGUCUGAUGGUCUUCAACUGGAGUUAAAGAGAAAGCAAAACAAUCUGAACAUGUUGAAAAUAGAGUGGCAACAACUUGGUGACCAAAUCAGUGCAUUGGAUGAACAUUAUUCAAAAGAGAAGCAAGUUUUGCUAGAAGAAAUCAUAGAACUGAAGAGAAAGAAAGAACAACAAGAUAGGUAUAUCUCAACAAAAGAAGUAGAAAUAUUACAUUCUAAGCAAGAACUGGAACAGCAGCAAAUGAACCUGAAUAACACUGAAAAGGCUAUCCUUGUAUUACAAGCAAAGGUGAAGCAACAGUCAGAACAGCAGAAGGCAGUGGAGUUGCUGCUUUCUGAAAAAAGAAAGGAAUGUUUGAAAGUACAGUCUACAAUGCAUGAAAUGGGAGAUAAAAUCUUUAAGAAAACAGCAGCGAUACAAGAACAACUCACUCAUGAACUACGGAAUGAGAUAUCUUUCCUCCAUCAACAAAUGCGUGAAAGAGAGCUGUUGGCAGAACAGGAUCGUCUUUUAAGAGGGAAAAUGAUGGAUGAUUAUGAAGCCUUGACCAAGGAGAAUGCUAUACUGCAGACCAGGCUCUUGGAACUUAUCAAGCAAACCUGCAUCGAGAGAGCACUCAAGGCGGAGAGCUAUACAUCUCAUUCUGCUAGCAUUUCUGAGUUUCUGGCAGUGAAAGACCAUGAAGACCAUCUACAAAAAGAGAUCAAGAGGCACCAAGAACUCCUGGAGCAGGAAAAGAACACUUUCCAGGAUCUUGAGAAUAAGAUUAGCAUUUUGGAAAAAGGAAGCAAAUCUCUUGAUUUAAGUGUUGCAACAAUGAAAAGUCGAGUAGCUGAAAUCAGAGCUAUGCUGGACAAAGAGGAACAGGAUAAUAUUGAAUUAAAAAGAGACAAAACUUUGCUGAUUGAUCUCACAUCUAGUCUACAAAAGCAGCUUGCUGGGAAAGGAAGCAAUCUCCUGCAGGCAUCCAAUAAGAUGCUGCAGCUGGAUGAAGCAAUUUCAACAUUAAAAACAAGCCACAUGCUGUGUCAGUCUCUUCAAUCAGAAAAAUGGGAUGAAAUAUCCAAAAUGGCAAAUUCAAUGAAGAAACUCAAUAAGUCAAUGACAGAUAUUGUAGUUAAUAUGGGAAAGUAUUAAUCCAAGAGUGUGUAUGGGUUUUAAUUCCUUAGAAGCAGAGUGCCUUGAACAUUAAGGACCCGUUAACAUAUAUAUGAUUUUAUGGAAUAUGAAGAAUUAUUCCUAGAGUUUUGUGAACUGUUGAUUUCUUUUUAAUUAUUCUCCAAACCAAGUUUUACUUUACGCUGAAUUGGGAAACAGGAACUAAAUUGUUAUAUACACUUCAAUAUACUCUCUGUAACUCAAUUCAUACAAAUUCAGAAAUGACAUACUUCAUGGAUGGUAUCUGUCUCAGGAAAAGUUAAGAACAAUGGUUAAGUGAUCUUAUCCUUUUAAAUAUAUUUUACCUUUUAAAAUGAUAAAAUAUAUUUGAGCUGAUGUAUACUUUGAACCAAAAUACAGACUACAUGUGUUAUAAGUAAAUAUCCAUGCUUGGUGGUAAAAAAGAGAUUUCACACUUCCAUCAAAAUGUCAUACUCCAGUUAAGGUGAUAAAUGUAAUGUCUUUGUGACGGGAGGUGUCCUAAUACUUAAUUUGAAUUCUAUCUACAAUUAUAGAGAUUAUAGGAUGUAAUGUUACCAGUUAAUGGCUGCAAACAGCUUCUCCAUCAAUAAAUCUAUUACCAGGUUUGCUCUGAAA